AUGGCCUCAUCGGGGGCGUCAUUGUCAUCAGAGAGUGCAGAGAACGUCAAAGACAGACCAUCGCGACAUGGACUUCGCCGACUCUUUGCCCGUCGGCCGACGGCAGAACCUCGCAACGAGAAGCAGUCGUCGCACCCUCGCUGGAGCUUUGGCAUUCUGAACGACCCUGAGACUGUUGAAGUACCCGGUUCGGUAUUGCUCCUGGCCGCCAAUCGCAACGAGCCUCUGGGCCUGAGAAACGUUCACGCACGAACAUCUCACUCCUCCAUCCCAGCCGGGUUUCCCGUCGACGUAUCCUCGACUCCUGGACGGACUUCAGUAAGCCACCGUACCGCCGAUCCACCCGCCCAAUCUAGCGACCCAAGUGAGGGAAAGAAGAAGACGCAGGACGGCACCAUCAUUCUCGAGCCACAGCCAGAGGACUCGGCCAACGAUCCGCUCAAUUGGCCGGGAUGGCAGCGCGACACGGCCCUCAUCUCGCUCGGCUUCUAUUGCAUGAUCGGCGGCGGCAUCGGCCCCCUCAUCGCGGCUGGUUUCACUGACAUUGCCCACGAGUACGGCGUGACCGUCGAGAACGUUUCGCUCGUCGUCGGCUUGUACAUGAUGGGCCUCGGCGUCGGCGCAGUUAUAGCAUCGCCGACGGCCAUUCUGUUCGGCAAGCGACCGGUUUACCUCGCCAGCGCCAUCGUCUUCAUCGGCACUUGCAUCUGGGCUGGACACUCCCCUAGUUUUCCAUCCCUCCUGGCCGCGCGGGUGUUCCAGGGCAUGGCCAUGAACCCGGUCGAGUGCCUUCCUUCGGCAACGAUAGCCGAGAUUUUCUUCCUGCACGAGCGGGCGUAUCGCAUUGGUAUAUAUACGUUGCUGCUGCUUGGCGGCAAGAAUUUGGUCCCGCUUGUAAGCGCUGCGAUCAUACAGCGAUACGGGUGGCGCUGGGUGUUCUUCAUUGUAGCAAUGGUCGCAGGUCUCGGGCUCAGUCUUUUGUUCUUGUUUGUUCCCGAAACAUUUUGGGAUCGCACGCCCACCAGGCGGCCGUCCAAGCGGCCCAGCUUCCUCCGCCGCGUGUCCUCCCGCCGCAGCUUGCCCCAGCCACCGGAUAUUCCUGACUCCUCGAGCCUUGCUGCCAAAACACCAGUGCGACCUGAGAGUCACGCAGCGGCUCGAGGGGCACAUCUUCACGUCGAGUUUGCUGCUGCAGGUUCCACCGCUGCCACGCCCGGAAAGAUCGACAACAGGGCAUCCCGCGAUGGUGACACCGCCGAUGACUGCGUAAACUCACCAAGCGACCAGCCCAGAGCGCCGCCUCGCAUCCAAGUCCCUGGCGAGGAAAGGCAAUUCGUAAAAUAUGACAAGAACGGUCAUCCUGCGUUACCCGCGGAGGACGAAGCAGCGGCAGUGACCGACCAAGCACAUCAACACGGCAGUGCCGACGACGGUGGUGUGCCGUCGCCGAGACCUAUCCUUACUCAGACCCCAACCAGCUACCUUGCGCAGUCCGCAUACACCCACAGCAUCGCCGGCAGCGAGAACAAUGCCGACUAUUACAUGCGCGGUCCCAACCUGGAUAACGAGCGGAUCCCGGCCUCGGCGCUUCGCGCUCCGCCCAAGGUUCAGGCGUACACACACAUGCUCCGGCAGCAGCCCGCCCAGACUUUCGCACAGCAUCUACGCCCAUACCACGGCCGCCUCAACAACGACAAGUGGCUCAAGGUCAUGGUGCGUCCCUUCGUGCUCUUCUCCUACCCCGCCGUGCUGUGGUCAGCCGCCGUGUACUCGUGCUCGGUCGGCUGGCUCAUGGUCAUCUCGGAAACCAUGGCCAUCAUCUACCGCGACCCCGCGUCGUACAACUUCGACUCGCUGCAGACGGGCCUCGUGUAUAUAUCGCCCUUCAUCGGCGGGGUGUUGGGCACCGGCGUGGCCGGCAAGAUCAGCGACAUUGUCGUCCGCGCCAUGUCCAGGCGCAACGGCGGCAUGUACGAGCCCGAGUUCCGACUGGUCAUGGCCAUCCCAAUCAUGGUGUCCACCUGCAUCGGCCUCAUGGGCUUCGGCUGGUCGGCACAGGACAAGGACCACUGGAUGGUUCCCACCGCGUUCCUCGGCGUCCUCUCCUUCGGAUGCUCCCUGGGGUCGACGACGGCCAUCACCUUUUGCGUCGACAGCUUCCGGCAGUAUGCCGGCGAGGCGCUUGUGACACUCAACUUCUCCAAGAACAUCCUGCACGGCCUCGUUUUCAGCCUGUUUGUGUCGCAUUGGAUGGCGCACGACGGCCCGAGGAAGGUCUUUCUAUGGCUUGGCGUUAUCCAGCUGCUGCUGCAGCUGACGACCAUCCCCCUAUUCAUAUACGGGAAGCGAGCGCGCAUGUGGACCGUGAGGAAGAAUUUCAUGGAGAGAUUUUAGAUUGUUUUUUUUUUCUUGCUAGAGCCGGAGCCACUGUUGUAGGUGUGCUUCCCGCGAUGACGUGCUGCAGGCUGGAUGCAGUCUGCGCAACACAAGGCUACGCGUAGUCUUGCAUAACUUCUCCAUAUGAGGUAUAGAGAAUGAAUUCAACCCGCAGCUAUAUACAGA